AUUAUUUUUAAUGCCAACGUUCAUACUACCGCUUCUUCUAAAACCGAAUAAAUAAAUAUUUUAACAUCGUAACUCCUUGGGUUGAAAACAUUGUGUAUUUAACAUCGAAAUGUAAAGCUGGAAGUGCGACACAUUUUUGUGACGGGCUUCCAAUGUGUAAACUUUUCAGUUUCGUGAAGUAGUAGUCAGGUGUAAACAAAAGAACAGUGAUGUGUAUGGAUGAUGCAGCCGGUAGAUAGAGAAAUUUUGCGUUGUUUACUACUAAAAAUAGUAGUGAUUUAGGACAUACACUUUAUUUUGGGGUUCUUGUGGAGUUAAUACUGACAUAAAAGGAUGACGCAGUGCAAAACAUACGACAAUACUAAUGGUGAACUGACAGAAGACGGAGAUGAAGAAAUAGGAGAAUUCUAUUUUGAGUCUGAUGCUGUUGCUCUUAAAGGAAAUCAAGAUUAUAUGAACCUUCUCAGGUCCUUGGCAAUACUAGAAGCCCAGCGAACGAAGUUAAUUAAGGAUUACGAUAAAAUAUUGUUACUAAAAGAAGCAGUCUUGAAAGAUCCAUUAACAUUUGUUGAGAAACUUCAAGCUGGAUGGAUACCACCACUUCCUGAUAGAAUGUUCAUUGAUGAGGUUCCAAAUAUUGAUUGGAGUAAAUACGGUAUAGCACCUGAUAGUGAACUGCUAAAACCUCAAGAUAGUAACCUUUGUGACGUAUCUCAGAAUGACAUAGAAGAUGAAAAUGAGAAAAUACGUGUAAGAGGGAGAAUAUUUGAUGAAACAAAGCCUGAGACUUUCAACAAGCUUUGGUCGCAUGAGGAACAGCAUCGUUUGGAAGAACUUCUAGUUAAAUAUCCAUCUGAGGAGAAUGAAACUAAUAGAUGGAGAAAAAUUGCAGCUGAAUUGGGCACCCGUACCCCAAAGCAAGUGUGCAGCCGUGUGCAAAAAUAUUUUCUGAAGCUUCAGCGUGCGGGACUGCCUAUUCCUGGGAGAAUACCGAAGACACCUUUACAGUAUGAACUACUGAAGAAGCCAUCUCACAAACAUCAGAGGCAUAAUCAUAUGUCAUUGAGGCCAACAACAUUUUUCCCUUUGUGGAACCCACCUGUCUACAUGACAGAUACAAAUGAAGACAGUUGUAGUGUGAUACCAAGUCCCGCUGAACCGACCACAGCUUCUCCUUCUGUUACGCAUAGCAGCGAAGACAACAGCAGUAGCAGUAAAUCUGAUUUGGGUAUGGAGAAACCUCAACAGGAUGUGACAAAUAAUGAAGAAUAUAGCAGUUUACAGUUGCUGAUACGGGUCAGACAGGAGAAAGCAUUACAGGAUGUCAGUGUAAUGCAUCAAGGUUACAAGUGUCGAGAAUGUGGUGAAAUACCAAUCUGUGGAACACGUUGGCACUGUACAGACUGCCCAACGGACCUAUGUACAGACUGUGUUGCUGCUCCUUUGGUGGAUCCUCGGAUUCCUCUGAGACAUUCAUUAAGCCAUACACUUGUGACUGUGAAAACUGCUGUCCCUUCGCCGUGUGCCCAAGAUGAAGACAGCAAUUCUCAAACAUUUGUCCCACAAGCUUAUCUCGAUCCUAACUUUUUACCACAAUAGGCAGUCGAGUUGUUUGUGUCUGUUGGUGUGCAAAUGUAAUGGUUGCAUGCUAUUAUUAUUUAUUUGCUCAUAUAUAAAUUGCUAGCUGCAGUUUUGAAAAACUGCAAUUUUUUUAGAUAUUAUGUAAUAACUGGUUAGAAUUCUCUUUGGUGUGUGUGUGUGUGUGUGUGUGUGUGUGUGUGUGUGUGUGUUUACUAAUAUCAGUAUUUUAUAGUUCUUGUGAACUGAUAGCUUAACAGUUGGUGGUAACCUCCAUUAAUAAGGUCAACUGCUGUUUACAGGGUACAUUAUUUGGUCUCAAGAUUUCAUAUUAAUUUGUUAUUGUGUGUUUGCAAUGUUAUUGUGCUUAUAGUACUAUUUUACGUAUAUUUGUAGUGGUGUAGUUCAAUCUUAAAAUCCAUAUUCUUGUGAUAAAAGGUAAAAGAUCUCAUUUAUUUUUCAUUAAAGAGCAUUAGUAUAUAUUGAACAGAAAAAUAUUGUGUAUGUUAGAAAAUUAAAUUGUAACAUCUUACAUGCAAAAGGAAAAGCUACACUCUUGAAUGCCCCAAUUUUCACAAGUACGUUUCGUUUAUUGAUAUGUAUAUUUUCCAGCUGCAGUUUUGACUAUAAUUUUUAAAAAGUUGAGAUUAUUUGUUUCUUCUCUUUACUGAAGUAAAUGCAAUGAUGGCCAUUUAUCACAAGCUCAAAAUGUUUGCUGUAUUGGGGCUUGAUCUGUGUUUUGGUAUUGGUUCAGAUAACAGCUUACUUAAUGCUGAAGAGGAACAUCAAUGAAGGUCUCACAUCUAAAUAACAUUGAUUACUAGGACAUGCAGGUUAUCCUCAAUAUUGUAACUGCCUAGUUUACUUGUAGUCCUUUCAUUGCAAAGGCUGACAACUGAUGUCAUCACAAAAAAAAUCCACUGUCUGUUCCAACAAAUGUGACCCAACUGUUCUAAAAAAUGUGACCAAACGACUAAACUAAAGAGUCUCAUGGCUACUGCGUAAACACCCAAUCAGCUCCUGUUGCUAACACUGCAGCAGUUUCUGACUGGAUCCACCCACUGCCUGCCUGGGGAUUCUGCCUGCUACAGCUUCUGUCCUGUCACACUUGCCCGCAGAGUGCAUUCUCCUGAAUUUUAUUAAAUUUUACCCUUUGACCCUGCCUGUUCCCAGCUUGAUGUACUGUUGAGGGGCACUCGCCACUUUAUUGACUGUAUUUUUGCAUUAUUGUUCAGUAGUUCUUCAGAGGAUGCAUGGAGGGGUAGUGACAUUUCUCUCAGUAUGGUCACACACUGCAUCCUAAGCCUUUCAUUGGCUUUAGGUGAUGCGGUGCUGUCCCCACCAGAAGACACUCUUUUUUCCUCUCAUCUCACACUCUCCCAUUAUUUUUAAUUGUGGUCUGUGUCAAUGGCUCCAUCGAGAGAAUACACAAGGCUCCCUUUAAUGUGUUUAUAUCUUAUAAAUAUUUAGCUCAUUAACACACAGCUGUCCAUUUGCCUGGCACGUGUCUGGCAGCUUCCAGUGUUGUGGUUACGCCUUUAUGCUUUCACUGCUGCCCAAAUUAUUAAUAUUUUCCCUGAUUUUUUCUUAACAUAUUAUUGUCAGGCUUGGCUUGCCUUAUUUUUCCUGAUUUUUUUUCUUAACAUGUUAUUGUCAGGCUUGGCUUGCCUCAUGGAUGUAAUAAUGAGUCAGUUGCAUGAGAGGUAUGUAAACUCUUCUCGGUGGGGCUGUAUGGAGGCUGCUGACAAAGUCAGAGUCAAGUACUCAUCUGAGUUUGCCUUUUACAUUUCCUACCCUAUCCAAAUAUGCCCUAUGGAUUGACUCCAAAGCUUCAGCUCGCUUCAAUCUUCCAUGUAUGAUCUCUUGCUGCCCUGCUGAACUGGCACUAUGGGGGCAGGCAUGUAGUGGUGGGAAGUUAAUCACAUUACCUGAGGUGUUAGUGCGAUGACAUUUUUGAGCUGUUCACCUGAAUGUAUGCUACGAUGAAGUCUCAAUUCACUGAUGUAUCAUUCCUCUCAGAAGUGCUGGUUCAGCAGUACUGCAUGCGAGCCUCUGUCUUCGAAGGUGUGGAUUAACACUUGUGGUGGGUUGAAGUUUUGAGUUAGUCAGUGAUGCGAACUUGGAUAGCAUAAUUGGUAGCUGACUGCCCAUAAGAGGCAGGGAUCUAAAUUUGUGUUCUGGUCCAGCCUGCAGUAAACUUUGGAUACCAUCACAUUGUUCAUGAUCUUAUUUGUCUUUUCAGUUGCAUAGCCUCCAACCUUUGCAUGAUAUUAUUUAUUUCCUGUGUCACUGAAAAUAUUCCUUCUGUGUUGAUAAAUAAUAGUCAUCAUUGUUACAAUAUAAUUUCUGAAAUAUUCAGGAUAUAUUUUUAUAAACAUUACAAAACUGCAAAUGUUAGGGACAACGUUGUUGUAUCACUGGCCCAGCCUGAAUCAAUAGAUUACACAUUUUUCAUCAUCAGAAUUUGUUAUUUUCAUGUAAACUCCUUCCAUCUAGAAACCCACGCAGAAUUGGACCAUUUAAACUGCUUUUAUUGUGGAUAAUUCAAGUAGCCUAUUCAUGAAAUUAGUAAAGCAUUUCUUUCAAACAAUGGAAAUCCAGGAUAGAAUGUAACAAUAUGAGAGAAGGAAAUUUGCUGCUCACCUUAUAGUGGAGAUGCUGAGCUGCGAUAGACACAAUAAAAAGAUUCACACAAUCAUAGCUUUCAGCCAUUAAGGUCUUUUGUCAGCAGUAGACACACAUACACACACACACACACACACACACACACACACACACACACACACACACACACACACACACACACACUCACGCAAGCGCAACUUGCACACACACCUGCAGUCUCGGAGAGCUGAAACUACACUCAAAUGUAGUUUCAGCUCUCAGGGACUGCAGAUCUGUGUGCAAGUUGCGCUUGCAUGAGUGUGUGUGUGCAUGUGCGUAUGUAUGUCUGCUGCUGACAAAAGACCUUAAUGGUUGAAAGCUAUGAUUGUGUGAAUCUUUUUAUUGUGCCUAUCGCAGCUCAGCAUCUCUGCUGUAUGGUGAGUAACAACUUUCCUUCUCUCGUAUUAUUAAAGCAUUUCUUUUUAUCGUUUAAAUAACAUUCAGUCUAGUUAUUCUGUACUGGCUACAUUUUUAAAAAUUGUUGGAAAGGAAAUUCAUGAUAGUCUUGUCAAAUAAACCUUCCUAGUUUUUGGCAAUGAAGAUGGACACCGUGGAAAAUAUAAAUCACUUCAGAAUUUCCCAACAUUUUACUGCUUGUUUCUGUAUUCUUUAGUUUUAUUGCACUUGUGGCAAAAAGUGACGUUGUUAUUGAUGCACUACAAUGAUUAACUGUAAGUAUAAGCUUUGUAACAUGCUGCCAUUAGAAAUAUGUGGCUCUACUGCCCUAGCAAGCACUUACUUGUCGUUUAUAAUUUGGAUUGAUCAUUACUCUGUGUGACUUUUCCCACCAUGUACGAUUCUGGUAAGUUCACAGAAUGUAUCUCUUUCUCAGAGGAGAUUAUACCUAGUUUUACUGUUGCUCAUUAAUUUCUUUUAAUCCUCAUCUGGUUUCUAGUUAAUGGUUUAUUAGCCAUCCAUGCUUAAAGCCAGACCAUUUUCCACACUCUCAAGGACUGCACCACUUGACAAUCUUGCAGGCUUCGAAGUCUUCAAAUUUAUUUAACUCUGUCAAUGAGGGAAUAAGUAUAAUAUCAAUGAUCUAUUGACUGUGACCUGCUCAGCUCAGAUUAUUUUCUGGCACCAUCUGUUGGACUCGUAACCAUCCUGCUAGAAAAAGCUUCUAAUGGAAAAGUAGAGCAUCUCACAUUAUGAACAAAUAAUGUGCAGUAUAUGUUUAUUUUAUAUUAUCUGCUUGUUUCAUUUCAACACUUUUUAGAGAAACUUCAGUAUUGGUCAUGCUGAAUAAAAUUAUGUGACCUAGUUUGAGUUGAAAUUAAGUUCCAGAACUGAAGUAACUUGAAUUUGGUUGGAAGUAAAUCAGUCAGUAAAAUAAUCAUAUCUUUACUCAGUAAUGCAGUGGCCUUUGAUAUUAUUAUUAUUUUACUUUAUUCUACUGAAGACGUCUUCCCCCACCUUUUCUUCCUUUUUUUAUAUAAGAAAAGAUAGCUAUUUGAAGAUGUAUAUGAAGGUUGGUUAUUUGGUUUCUCUCAACGACACAUUUUGAGUAAAAAUAAUCAAAUAUUCCUUUUAAAUAAAAAUCAACUCUUUCUUCUUCUAUUUCAUAAUAAUAUUAGUUAUUAUUAUUAUUAUUAUUAAUUAUUCACAUAAAUCACAUACAUGACUAGUCAUACCCUCCUGGUCUCUGGCUGCUGACUGUGCACUUAAUGCACGGCAGCACCGAAUUGGGUACUCUGCAAUAACUUGUGGCUCUGUAACAGGCAAAUGUACAUAAAAUAAAACAUUUAUAUAUCUUAAUAUUAUUAAAUGUAACCAAAGUCAUUUAUGAGUAAAAAGUGAGGCCAUUGUCAACCCAAAUUUGUUGGGCUUUUGUAGGCAUGGUUCUAUUGGAGUUGAUGUGAUCUUGCCUUUCUCCAGCCACUGAACAGUUUUUCAAUGCCAGAUAAACUUGUAUUUACAGUUUAAAAUACAUUAUGUUGUAACAAGAAAACACAGUACUAUAGCAAAACAUUUUUAUUUUUUCACCUCCAUUGUGGGUUAUCAAAGUUCAUUUUUCAGUGUCUUGGAAAUUUUCAGCGUCUUGGAAAUUUUCAGUAUUCUAGUUUUUUCUUAAUGUGUAUUUAGUUACCUCCUCGUAAAAUUCAUUACUGGAUUGAAGAAACACAUUUUGAAACAUAUUAGAUAAAACAAGGUUUAAGAGUAUGGCUUUAGGUCACUCAUGACCCAUUGGAGAAGUUACUUUUCUGGUGUACUAAAGGAACAUCUAUUUUAGAAUGAUGAGAUAUACAAGGAAAACAGUAAAUAAAUAAGUAAUAAAGUUAAGUAAAUAAAAGUUAAGCUGGUAUUAUGUACUUAUGUAAGAUUUAAAGGACAUACUGAUUAUUUUUUU